GAGGACAGACACACCUCCACUCUCCAGUUCAUCUUCAGUUUCUCCUCGGCUCUGUGGCCGCAUCCCUACCGAUGCUUAACAAGCCAGACUCCUCAAAUGGAGCUGUGUAUGAGCCAAGCCAUCUCGAAUCCCCCUCAAACGCUCCAGUACAACCACCACAUGAUUCUCUCCGUCAACUCUCUUCCCCUCCGCACCUCGUCUCAAUAUCUCUUUCCCAGGCGAAUAUCAGUCUCUCAAUCCGCUCUCGGUCUAUACUCCCGUACGACGCUAGGAAACUUCUGCUAUAUUAAGUCAUUGCCAAGAGCAACAUCAUCUGAAGAAACAUCAACUGAAGCAAAUAAGUAUGUUGGGGAAGAACGUGAUGGUGCAAUAGCCGUAGAAGAUGUUUCAACAGUUGGGAAGAGUGUGUACAACGAGAAUUUGCAACCUGAAGUACCUAAAGAAGAGUCACCUGUAGAUGAGCAAAUGCAGAGUUCCGAUUUUUUGAGUAAACUUGAAAUUAAGCUUAACUCGGAAGAUUCAUAUGCUUUUCUUAUAUAUGGUGGUGGUGCUGCCUUGGUUGCCCUGUGGUUAGCCUCGGCCAUUGUUGGUUCUAUUGACUCCAUUCCAGUGUUCCCCAAGUUGAUGGAAGUGGUGGGUCUUGGCUACACAGUUUGGUUCGGCACACGCUACUUGAUCUUCAAGAACAACAGGGAUGAGUUGGUUGCAAAAAUGGAGGAGCUUAAGCAGCAGGUUUUUGGCCCAGAUGAUAAUUGAUAUUUGAUACACAACUGUUUCAUAGAUAUUGUAGUUGUGUGGCAUUUAGGCGUUAUUAAUAUGUCAAUCUACAGAGUGAAAUGUGUUUUUUUCUCCAUCAAAAUGAGCAAUAUCUUAGUCUUCUUUUGUCUUGUUGAAGCAAAGACUAAAAAAGGGGGAAGGUUUUCAUUUUAAUUAUGGGUUUGUGUAGAUAUUCUUCCAAGUGAUAGAUUUAGGGUUUUACGUAAUUGGAUAUCCAAUAGUCGUAUAUUCUUGUCAUAGAUUAUUUUGAGAUGAAAACAUAUUGUGGUUAUUCUA